CCUAGAUUCAGAUUGUUCAUAUAUAAACAUAAAUAUGGAAGAAACAUCUCUUUCUUUUACCGCAAUCUCUACAUUUACUAUAAUUUUUCUCUUAUUACUCCUAGUCAUAAAACGAAAAAGAGGAGUUAGAAAGGGGGGAAGUUGUUCAAGUUCACUUGACACAUCUCAGGACAGAGGAGGCUGCAAAGAAUUAAAUCCAACAAGUGUGAAUUAUCAUCUAACACGACAGUGUAACUAUAAAUGUGGAUUUUGCUUUCACACAGCCAAAACUUCGUAUGUGUUACCAACAGAGGAAGCGAAGAAGGGAUUAACAUUGCUGAAAGAAAAUGGUAUGGAAAAAGUGAAUUUUGCCGGUGGGGAACCCUUCAUUGUAAAGCGUGGCUCAUACCUGGGAGAGCUGGUGAGAUUCUGUAAGGAGGAACUAAAGUUACCAAGUGUUUCCAUUGUAAGCAAUGGGAGUCUGAUAACAGAGAAAUGGUUUGAAAAAUAUGGGGAAUACCUGGAUAUUUUAGCUAUUUCGUGCGAUAGUUUUGACCCGGAAACAAACAGGAACAUUGGUCGGUGCCAGAACUCGAGCAAAAAAGACCAUCUGGAAAGUUUGUAUCGAGUGCGAGACUGGUGCAUAAAAUACAAGGUUGCCUUCAAGAUUAAUACCGUGGUCAAUGUUCACAACAAAGAUGAAGACAUGAAUGCAUAUAUUGCUGAACUUUCACCCUGUCGCUGGAAGGUAUUUCAGUGUCUGUUGAUCGGUGGAGAAAAUGUCGGUGAAAAUGCUAUUAGAAACGCACAAGCUCUGGUCGUGACGUCACAAGAAUUUCAAGCCUUUUGUGAACGACACAAAAAUAUCUCUUCUUUAGUACCAGAAUCAAACGAACAGAUGAAAGAUAGCUAUCUCAUCCUUGAUGAAUACAUGAGAUUUUUGGACUGCACACGAGGUAGGAAAGAUCCCUCUCGCUCUAUUCUCGAUGUUGGAGUAAGAAACGCUCUUAAGUUCAGCGGUUUUGACGAAAGAAUGUUUCUCAAAAGAGGCGGCAGAUACAAAUGGAGUAAGGCGGACAUGAAUCUUGAAUGGUAAACUCUGUAAAACUAAACUGGAUUUAAAUACCGUACAUGUAUACCAUCUAUCAUUUUUACGUCAGAAAUGAUUUUUACUCGAUUAACAACGAAUGACAAUUUUAACAAAGAUGCUAUUUGCAAUUUUUUUUUUUUUUGAGAUUUAGAUUUUAUAACAAUUUGUAAUUGUGCAACGCAUAUAAUAAGUUAUAAACAUGUAUAAGUUCAUAUUUAUGACCUGAAUAUGAC